AUGGAGGACAACUAUUUCACUGGUAGUGUACCCGAUGCCAUUGGGAAGCUUCAGAUGUUACAGGCAUUGAUUAUGGGUGUUAACAAAUUUUCUGGGCCGAUACCGUCCUCCCUAGGUAACUUGACUUCAUUGAUAAUGGUACUCAUCUCGGAUAAUAGGUUUGAGGGAAGUAUACAUCCAAGUCUUGGGAACUGCCAAAGUCUACUCACACUUGGCGUUUCUAAUAACCGUCUAACAGGCACCAUACCUAGAGAGCUUUUUGCGAUUUCAUCCCUUUCAGUUUCUUUGAGAAUUUCUAACAAUUCUUUGACUGGUUCGUUACCAUCUGAAGUGGGUGAUUUGGUAAAUCUUGUGGAGCUGGAUGUGUCAGGAAAUAAGCUAUCAAGUGAAAUCCCAACAACUCUAGGCAGUUGUAUUAUGUUGGAACGCCUGUAUAUGCGAGGGGUUGGAAAAUCAGUCUCUUACUUGGAACUCGUUGAGUCAACUAACGGCUUCUCUGUGGACAAUUUGAUUGGUUCCGGAAGUUUUGGUUCUGUUUACAAAGGAGUACUUCCUAGUGAUGGGAGGGCAGUUGCUGUUAAGGUUUUAAAUCUUCAACAACGAGGAGCUUUCAGGAGUUUCAUUGAUGAAUGCAAAGCUUUAAGAAGUAUACGGCACCGUAAUCUUCUCAAGAUCAUUACUGCAUGCUCGAGCAUUGAUAAUCAGGGUAAUGACUUCAAGAGUCUAGUAUUCAAGUUCAUGGCAAAUGGAAGUCUAGACUCAUGGCUGCAUCCUAGAGAUGAUGAGCAACCUCAACAAAGUAAGAGAUUGAGCCUUAUCCAGAGACUCAAUAUUGCGACAGACGUUGCUUCUGCAUUAGAUUAUCUCCACCACUGUUGUGAAACAACCAUUGUUCAUUGUGAUCUAAAGCCAAGCAAUGUUCUUCUUGGUGAAGAUAUGGUAGCCCAUGUUGGUGACUUUGGUUUAGCAAGGUUCCUCUUGGAAGCAUCAGAUAAUUACUCCCAAAGUCAAAUCAUGUCAGCUGGGCUAAGGGGUUCGAUGGGCUACAUUCCUCCAGAGUACGGCAUGGGAGGCCAAGUUUCCAUUCUGGGAGAUAUUUAUAGCUUUGGAAUACUGUUGCUAGAAAUGUUCACUGGAAAAAGACCUACAGAUGACAUGUUCAAAGAUGGUCUAAGCAUUCACCAAUUCACAGCCAUCACAAUGCCUAAUGGAACCGUUGCAAUCCCUGCAGUGAGAGUUGCAAAGUAA